CUAUGAACGUGUCCCUUCUAAACUACCGUGGAACCAUUGAGCGCUGGGGCUCAUGUAUCGACACGGACAUGUUUCUCCGACACACUCGUCUACAGACGCGACGUUCAAAAUGGCUGUUACCCUUCACACGGAUCUAGGAGACAUUAAAAUUGAGCUGUUUUGUGAGCGCACACCGAAAGCAUGUGAGAACUUCCUCGCGCUGUGUGCCAGCGGUUUCUACAACGGCUGCAACUUCCAUCGAAACAUUAAAGGUUUCAUGGUUCAAACUGGGGAUCCGACAGGCACAGGUAAAGGAGGAACGAGUAUAUGGGGCCGCAAAUUUGAAGACGAGUACAGCGAACACCUCAAGCAUAAUGUGCGAGGAGUCGUCUCGAUGGCGAACAAUGGCCCCAACACAAACGGCUCCCAAUUUUUCCUAACGUAUGCCAAACAGCCCCAUCUGGACAUGAAGUACACAGUGUUUGGAAAGAUUAUCGACGGCCUGGAAACACUGGAUGAACUGGAGAAACUGCCCGUCAAUGAAAAGACGUUCAGACCGCUGACCGAAACCCGAAUAAAGGAUGUGACGAUCCACGCCAACCCUUUCGCUGGAUAGCCGACUUCCUCUUCAAAUAUGCGUAUAGACCUUUGACACAGAUGUGGACUCUCUGGACAACAUUUUACAUUGCCAAAGUUAAAAUGGAUAACUUGUUUGAUUCUAGAAAUCAGAGACAUCAACAAUUAGGGCACUAAUUCUGAAACUAAAAUGCUGAGUUAUUUAUACCAGCAUUUCAAAAUAGGUAACACUCAGAAUCUAAAUGUCUUUUGUCACCUUCAUCACGUCGCAUAUGAUUGUGCAUUUUCAGAAAAACUGUUCGAUGUGACUUAGUCUUUGUAAUGAUGAGGUACAGGUCAUUCAAAACCAGUUCAUCUUAAUUCAGUCCCAAAACCAACACCUGGCUUUUUACAGCAAUGUUAUUCAGAUUCUCAUCUCUUCUGUCUUGAUGGUCUGUGUAAAUAAUUGCGGGUUUUUGCUUCUUUUUUUUUUUUUCCAAAUAAAUUUUUUUGUAUCUAU